CUGGAGUGAUUCUGAUGCAGGUGGCCUGGAUCAGAGACCCUGCCUUAGGCCAAUAUCUUUAGAGUGACUCCAGACAAAAUGAUCACUGGAGCUAUGAGGAAGGAAUAAAGCCUUGCCUUCUGAGUUACAGUUGAGAUUACAGACAUCCUGCCAAAAUGAUUUCUUCCAAACCCAGACUUGUUGUACCCUAUGGCCUCAAGACUCUGCUCGAGGGAGUUAGCAGAGCCAUUCUCAAAACCAAUCCACCAAACAUCACCCAGUUUGCCGCAGUUUAUUUUAAAGAACUUAUUUUGUUUAGAGAAGGAAACAGUUCCUUGGAUAUAAAAGAUCUGGUUAAACAGUUUCAUCAAAUUAAAGUAGAGAAAUGGUCAGAAGGAACGGCACAAGAGAAGAAACCAGAAUGCGUAAAAGAACUGGAAGGAUCAUCUGUAGUUUCUCAAGAACCUACACGGAAGGAAAAAUCUACAGACACAGAGGAGGACAAUGUAACUGGACCACUAUUUAGCAACAAAACUACCCAGUUUCCAUCAGUUCAUGCUGAACUCCCACAACUGGAGGAGACAGGUGGAGCAGAUCAUGGUCAUGCUUCCAGACCAUCCACCCCAAAGGUCACUACCCCACCCUUAUCGCCAUCUCCAGCAGCUGUCGCACCAGAGUUUGCCUAUGUCCCAGCUGACCCAGCUCAGUUUGCUGCCCAGAUGUUAGGUAACUUUUCAUCUGUUCAUUGUGAUCAAUCUGACGUUUUAAUGGUGGAUGUGGCAACAAGUAUGCCUACUCUUCCUGAGGAGGUGCUGAGCUCAGAGGCUGCUGAAGAGAUCGUGGUGCCCCCUCCUUCUGUGUGUUCAGGAGAGGUGGUAGCAAUGCAGAUUCUGAGCCAAUCAUCUGUCCAUGUAGAUUCAGGUUCUAAACCUAAAGACACUGAGGCUGAACCAUCAAUGGCUUCCUCAUUCCCCCUGCAGGAUGAACAAGAACCUCCUGCUAAUGAUCAAGCUCCUGAGGUCCCUUUGCAGGCUGACAUUGAGGUUACAACCACCAUUCGUGUAUCAUCUAUAUAUAAUGAUGAGCCUGUGACUGAAGGAGUUACUUAUAUCGAGCAAAUACCAGAACAAAUAGUUAUCCCUUUUACUGAUCAACUUGCUUGUCUUAAAGAAAAUGAGCAGUCACCACCAGUUAGUCCAAAACCUGUAGUAAACAAGAUAGCCCCAGGCAUGUCUGCAAAUUCUGUAGAUGCUGCAAAAGUUGCACAGUUGGAGAAGGCAAAACAUGUAUCCUCAGUACAUUUGGAGGCAGAAGCACAAGUUCUGCUCUCUGGCACCUCUUUGAAAUGUUUGCAGGUGGUGCCUGCACAGUCCUUGCAUGCAGAAGGCUCUACCCAAGCAGUAGGCUCUGAACAAUCUUUGCACCACCUUGAGAUGAAGGCCAGUGCUCUAGACCCUGACAGUACUGGGGAGGAUGAGUCAUGGGAAAAUUCUGCAUCCCUGGAGUUGGAGGUCAAACCUGUGUUCUCUGGGGGAUCUGCAAAAGCAGUGUACUCAGGUACAUCUGUAAAAUCAUCUAGUGGCGCCCCCACUCCUGUUCCAGAAGGUCUUACUGAACCAGAAAUCGAACGAGAAGGGGAAGCACCACCUGAACAAGGUUUGAUGGAGCCAGCAAUAGCAGCAAGCGAAGCAGGACAACCACCACCAUAUUCUAACAUGUGGACCCUUUAUUGUCUAACUGAUAUGAAUCAACAAAGUCGCCCAUCACCGCCACCUGCACCUGGGCCUUUCCCCCAAGCAACCCUCUAUUUAUCUAAUCCUAAGGAUCCACAGUUUCUGCAGCAUCCACCAAAAGUUACUUCUCCAACUUAUGUGAUGAUGGACGACACCAAGAAGACCAGUGCCCCACCUUUUAUUUUAGUAGGCUCAAAUGUUCAGGAAGCACAGGAUUGGAAACCUCUUUCUGGACAUACUGUUGUUUCACAGUCAGAUACCUUGAAGAGAUAUGCUGCAGUACAAGUGCCCAUUGCUGUUCCUGCAGAUCAGAAAUUCCAGAUACAUGCCCCAAAUCUCCAAAAUGCUAGUCCUCCUACAAGUGGACAAGAUGUCCCCAGGCCACAAAGCCCAGUUUUUCUUUCUGUUGCUUUCCCAGUAGAAGAUGUAGCCAAAAGAAGUUCAGGAUCUGGUGACAAACGUACUCCCUUUGGAAGUUACGGUUUUGCUGGAGAAAUUACCGUGACUACUGCCCAUGUUCGCAGAGCAGAAACUUAAAAGUUGGUAGGUAAAAUUUCCUACCAUAAUUUGUGGGCUUUUAACACUUUAAGCAUUUUGAUUUCUUGAUCGGAAGAUGGAAAUAUUUUUUAAAAAUUAAAUUGAAUUGAGAAUAUAUGCAAUAGGUUGGAGUACUCUAAA